AUGCAGCUCCCUCUAGGAAACGUGCUCCCUUCCCUGCAGACCCUCCUCCUCUUCUCUGCCAUUCUCCUGAUCCUGGCCAGUUAUGUGCAGAGGAGGAGGAGGCAGCAGUUUAAAUACCCCCCGGGGCCUCUUCGGCUGCCCAUAUUUGCCAACGUCUUUCAGAUAGACAUUAAAAAACCCCAUAUCAGCAUCCAGGAGUAUGUCAGGAAAUAUGGAAAUAUUUUCUCCAUGAAGCUGCUGGGUAAUCCCACAAUAAUUGUUAGUGGAUUGCCACUGAUAAAGGAAGUCUUAGUCAACCAAGGCCACGUGUUUGUUGAUCGCCCCAGAUUACCUUUGCAAUCCUACAGCUUUAAAAUUAAUGGCUUAUUUUUAUCUAAUGGUCAAGAGUGGAAAGAUCAAAGAAGAUUUACCAUAAUGACCCUAAAAAAUUUUGGCUUGGGAAAGAAGACCCUGGAACUCCGGAUACAAGAAGAGGCCAUAUAUUUCAUUGAGGCUAUUAGAGAAGAAAAAGGAAAGCCCUUUAACCCACACUUUCAUAUCAACAAUGCUGUUUCCAACAUCAUCUGUUCUGUCACUUUUGGGAAUCGUUUUGAAUACCAUGAUUCUCAGUUUCAGGAGCUACUGAAGAGCUUGAAUCAAAUCUCGGUGCUUCAAACCAGUUGGGAGUGUCAGUUCUUCGAUAGCUUUCCUAGGAUAAUGAAAUGCUUGCCAGGAGCUCAUAAAAAACUCUUUAGAGAAUUCCAGAAACUAGAGUCUUUUGUGGCCCAUAUGAUCAAACAACACAAGGAAGAUCAAAACUCUGAGGAAGCCCAGGACUUCAUUGAUGCUUACCUGAAGGAGCUGUCCAAGGGUAAUAUCAGCUCUAAUUUAAAGGAAAACAAUUUAGUCUCAUGCACCCUGGACCUCUUCUUUGCUGGAACAGAGUCUACAUCAACCACUCUAAGGUGGGCUCUGCUGUAUAUGGCCUUUUAUCCAGAGAUUCAAGGUAAAAUACAAGCUGAGAUUGACAGGGUGGUUGGCCAGUCCCGGCAGCCCACCAUGGCUGAUAGAGAAAAUAUGCCCUACACUAAUGCGGCCGUCCAUGAAGUCCAGAGAAUGGGCAAUAUCAUUCCUCUCAAUCCACCCAGGGUGGCCGCAGUUGAUACCACAGUGGCAGGAUACCAUAUGCCAAAGGGGACCAAAGUGGUGACCAAUAUGACUUCUUUGCACAGGGACCCCAAGGAGUGGGCUACCCCUGAAACCUUCAACCCAGAACAUUUUCUGGAGAAUGGUGAAUUUAAGAAAAGAGAGUCCUUUCUGCCUUUCUCAGCAGGGAAGAGGGUCUGCCUGGGAGAAAAGCUGGCUCGGGCUGAGCUCUUCAUUUACUUCACUUGCCUGCUUCAGAGAUUCACAUUCCAGGCUCCCCCAGACACCCAGCUGAGUCUGGACUCCCUACCUGGCCUUACCUUUAAUCCUGUCCCCUACAAAAUCUGUGCUCUUCCUCGAGAGACACCACCCAUGCUUAGCCUGUAGGGGAGACCUGAAAUACUUAACUCUUAAAUUUUUAAAAUCACUAUUUGGGCAAUCAGAAGGAGUAUACGACUAUGGGGUUUGUAGUAGUAAAUUGACUAGGAUACUAUGAAAUCCAAAAGAAAAAUUUGAGGGGUAUCGUAGGGGUUUAUACUGAGAGAAGAGGGAAGGAAGAAAUGGAAUGUGAUAAAUUAACUUACCUAAAGAUGUGUGAAAAAUCUAUUUUAGUGGAGAGGAGGAUGAGGUUGGUGAAAGGCAGUGUUUAAACCUUGCUAUCAUCAGAAUUGAAUCAGAGAGAAUAGCAAACCAUACUCAGUUCUGGAUAGAAACAUAUCCUUUAGAGAAGAAAGUAAGGAAUAGAAAAGUUAUGUGUGGGAGAGGAUAAAAGGGAAGGUGAACUGGGAAAGGCAGUGGUUAAAAAAAUUGUGAGGAGAGACAGAAUAAAAGGAAAGAGCAGAAUAAAAAGGGAAAAUAAGAAAGAGGGGAAUACACAAUUGGUAUUGAUAGCUAUGAAUGUGUAUGCAAUGAAGCCCCCCCCCCAAAAAAAAACAGAAGCAGACAAGAGAAUGGAUUAAAAAUCAGAAUCUUGUGAUAUGCUGUUUACAAGAAAUGAAUGUAAGGGAAGAUGACAAAAACAUAGUAAAAGUAAGGGGGUGGAGCAAAAUGUAUUGUGAUUCACUAAAGAAAAUGUAUAGUAAGGGGCCACAAGGCAUAAAACCUCUCGGCAAAAUGGAGAAAAGCAGAAAUAAUUCAUGGAUCAUUUUCAGAUAAUAAUACAAUAAAAAUUAAAAUAAAUAGUGGCUAUGAAAGCCAAAUUUAAAAUUAAAAAAUAAUUUAAUAUUCUAAUUCUACAAAAGGGGUUGGUCAAAGAACAAAUGAUAGAGAUGAGUCAGUAAUUUCAUUAAAGAGAAAGGCAACAAUGAGGUCGUAUAACAAAAUUUGUGAAUUGAAACCGAAGCAAUACUUGGGGGUAAUUUCAUAUCUCUAAUGGAUUACAUCAACAAAAUAGAGAAAAAUCAGACCAAUCAAUUGGAUGUACAAAUAAAACAUUAGGAAAAGAGCAAAUCAAACAUCUCCAACUAAAAACUAAAUGGGAAAUAUUGAAAGUGAAGAGAGAAAUUAAUAAAGCUAAAAGUAAGAAAAAGGUUUGAACUAAUAAAGAAGAGUAGGAAUUUGAUUUAUAAAAAAUGAAGAAAAUAAGGCAUUUGUUAAUUUCAUUUUAAAAAGGAAAGAAAAAUAAAAUGACUGGUAUCAAAAAUGAAUGGUGUUAAUUCACUGUCUACGCAGAAAAAGGUAAAUCGAUAAAUAAGAACUAUUUUGCCUACUUAUAUGCCAAUAAAUCUAAGUGAAAUGGAUAAAUAUUUGCAAAAACAGAAAUUGCUCAGAUUAACACAAGAGAAAAUGGAAUACUUAAAUAACCUCAUUUUAUAAAAAAUAAAUUAAAAAAAACCAUCAAUGAGACACCUAAGAAAAAAUCCUCAGGACCAAAAAUGUUUCUACCAAACAUGUAAAGAACAACUAAUUCCAAUACUAUAUAAAGCACUGAGAAAAAUAGGCAAAGAAAGAUUCCUCCCAAAUUGUCUUUAUGAAGUAAACAGGAUUCUGAUAUCUAAGCCAGGAAGACCAAAAAGAAAAUUAUAAACCAAUUUACUAAAAGAAUAUAGAUCUAAAAUUAAAAUACCAGCUGGUAGACUACACCAAUAUAUCACAAGGAUCAUUCACUAAGACCAGGGAGGAUUUAAACAAAGGAUGCAUUGCUGGUCCAAUAUUAGAGAAACUAUGAGCAUAAUUAAUCAUGCCAGUAACAAAAUUAAUAGAAAUCAAAUGAUGAUUUCAAUAGAUGUGGAAGUAGCUUUUGUCAAAACACAUCACCCAAUAUGACUGGGGUUUUAGCUUUAAAAGAAAACUCAUACAAGUAUGAAUUUAUUCCAAAAAUUCAAAUUUACUUUUGUUAAAUUGGAAUUUUAUGAGUUAUAUCCUCUUUCCUGAUUAUAUGACAAUUGUAUUCUAAUUGUGCUCAGAUUUCAUUUCAAUUUUUCUAAUUGAAUUAGAAUUUAUUUUAAUUAUCACCAUUUAUUCUAAUCAGACAUUACUUCAAUGAAAUUAUUUGAAUAAAGCUGGAAUUGUUUA